GCUCUGAGAUCAGUCACUAGUUUGUCCUAACCUUUUUUUGGAAUGAUGAUUAAUUUGCCAAAAAAGGUCGUAUGUGUCAUCACAACAGCUGUGUAUUGUGUCAGAGAUUCUCAUCUCUCUUUCUCUUUCGUUUAGCUUACAUUCCCAAGAAAAUGUUUUAAGAUAAUUGAAAAUUGUAACAAUGGGCUCAUUAUCUACUAUGAUAAGUUUGAAAGCGAUAACAGUUCAUAACGAUAAUACGUUUAGAUAGCAAUCAUUGUACUGUACAAGUGUUGAGAUCAACAAACGGUUGAGUCAAAUAAAAUGGAAGGAAACAGGAAUAAAGAAAAUCCGGAUUGGUCUCGUUUCGGAUUAGGAGCAGAGACUUCAUCCAGAUCUCGUAGUCACACGGGUGGCUUUGUCGAUCUUGGAAAUGAGCAUCAGUAUGCUGCCGGUGGCCAUCAAGCAUCUGGAGCUAAUGAAUUGUUUGCAGAAGAACAAGGUGAUGUUCCAUGGUGGAAGUCUAACUUUUUCAUAUCACAACCUGUGUUAUUUGGAACGUGGGAUGGAGUAUUUACAUCUUGUUUGAUAAAUAUUUUUGGUGUAAUUGUAUUUUUACGAUCAGGGUGGAUGGUUGCCCAAGCUGGUAUAUUAUCUGCCGUUUUUAUCAUUGUUGCAACAGUGUUCACCGCACUUAUAUCAGUACUUUCUGCAGUCGGUAUAUGUGAACGUUGCAGGGUAGAAAGUGGAGGAGUUUAUUUUAUAUUGUCGUAUGUUCUGGGCUCUCGUUUUGGAGGGUCACUUGGAUUACUCUACUGUUUUGGACAGGCGGUGGGUUGUGCACUUAAUGUUUUGGGAUUUGGUGAAUCAAUGGCCGGAGUGAUCGGCUUAGCAAAUUCAACUUGGACAGCUCGAGGAAUAGCUAGUGGCGCCGUUUUACUGUUGGCUGUGAUAAAUUUGGCCGGCGUUAAGUGGGUUAUUAAGUUACAGUUCAUAUUGUUACUAAUUCUGCUAUCGGCAGGGCUUGAUUUCAUGGUGGGCAGCUUUGUUCAUGUAGACCCUAGUGCGGGUUUCGACGGGUGGUUUGAAGGGAAUAUUGCUAAUAACACAUGGCCAGCGUACAGGGAUGGUUAUAAUGGAUUUACAGUUUUUGGUGUUUUUUUCCCUACAGUAACGGGAGUCUUGUCGGGAAUUAACAUGAGCGGUGAUUUGAAAGCACCUUCAGUUAAUAUUCCAAAUGGCACAUUGGCAGCGCUUGGUGCAGCGACAUUUUUAUAUCUUGUGUUUGUUUUAUUUUUGGGCGCGACGUGUAAUCGUGAAGCGUUACUUACCGAUUUUAUGUUGGCAGCCAAAGUAUCGGCCGUCAGACUUUUACUGUUGGCCGGUUUGUAUGUGUCAUCUAUGUCUAGUUGUCUAGGCGCUAUGUAUGGCACUCCACGUGUCCUUCAGAGCAUUGCCAUGGAAAAUGUUAUACCGGGUAUUGGUUGCCUAAGUAAAGGGCGUGGACCGAACAAAGUGCCUUUAUACGCUUUGAUAGUAGUUGGAACCGUCACUCUUAUUUUUAUACUGGCGGGUAAAAUUAAUACUUUAGCCCCCAUUGUGACUAUGCCAUUUUUGUUAACGUAUGCUUGCGUUGAUUAUGCAUAUUUUGCAUUAGCCCAGAGUUUUGAUCUUCAACAUCAAAAAGAACAACGAUUUCAUCAAACUGCAGCAAGCACAGCGGCUGAGCAACAAGAAUUAUCACCUAGCACAGAAAGCAAUGAUUUAGAUCACCUUUUUCCUGAACGUACACAGUACAAAAACGUAAAAAAUAGUUACGAUCCAAAAUUUAAUAUUUCCAAUAGUUCAGAUGAAUUAACUCCAAUUUCUCCAAAAACCUACAUACAUUCCAAACCUAAAAAUUGGUAUUCUUGUUUGUGCAAUCGAUGGCUAUCUCUCUUUGGGGCCGUUUUAAAAAUUUUGAUAAUGUUUUUGGUUAAUUGGAUUUAUGCAUUAGUAUGCCUCUCCGUUGUCUUUUUGGUUUGGUUGUAUAUUGGUACAGCGAACCCCGCAGUUAAACCUGGCGUUGCCGUUGAUUUUAAAUUACUUAAAUGGAUUCGAAGUGUUUUACUACAGUGCCUUGGAAAACGGUCGCAUGAAUAUGAACAGAUAGUUGUUACACCUGUAUAUUCAGAUGUGAACCUUACUUCGGCUCAGCUGAAUGAGGACAAUGAAGAUUUUGCAUCACGCCGCCGAUAUCAUCAGUCGUCCACUGUCCAUGGUCAUAUGGUUCAAGUGGAUGAUUAAUAAGUUAGAGACUAAAUGUGUGUAUUGUACAUAGAUGAUUAUAAAUAACUUAUUUUAAAUUAUUCCACUAAUUUAUAGUAAAAGUAAAAUGGGACACAAGUAUGCUUGAUGCAUCACAAUAAUUCACCAAACUUAUCUGUGUUAAUCGUGUAUAUAAUAAAAUAACACUGUUGCGCAAUAAUUUUCCGUUAACGUAAUACUGUAGGUACAUCUUUUAAUUGGCACUGUUUCAUUCCGCUCCAUCUUAUAUAAUUUUGUGGUAUUUUUUUAUAUAUUUCAACACAUUUCAGUGGUUUAAAUUAAAAUGUGGAUUUUUAUUGUAAUUUUUAGGUGUACUAUACCAACCAAGUUGUGCAUUGAUUUAUGUGUCGAUUAAUUGUAAGCAAUGUGCAAUGCGUCAUCAAUUGAGUAGCAAAACUCACCACUACUCUAUUCAAACUCUGACGAUUCCAGAUGUUCAGUACCACAUGCCCUGGUAAAUGUUGUGAUUUUUGUUAUUUCAUGUAGAUAACGGGCAUACCCAAAGAUCAUUGUGAAUCCAUUUUAGAUUAAAACCAUCUGCAAUUGUUUGAUUGACUAAUAAUUUUUUAACUGGUGUACCAUGAUAAAAAUUUCAAAAUUAAUUUGAGAGAAAAUAUUUCUUUUAUAAGAAAAGUCAAAUGUGUAUGGCUUUUAGAGGUUACAUUUAGUUUUGGUGUGCAAAUGCAAAUGUAUCAAAAGCCCUUUUCACGUUUAAUCAUUUUAUGUUAGUAAUACUUCUGUGAUAUAGUCAUUUUGUGAGAUAUUUUGGUUAGUGACCCUUGGCAAUGUGUUUGAAAAAAUUGUUUUCAGAUUUUGUGUAUGAUAGGAUAUGCGUUUCCAUUUGUAAAGCUUAUGUAAACACACUUUAGGAUAAUUUUAAAUGCAAGCAAGAACAUAGGAAUUUACGUCUAAGCUUAUAUUUUUUAAUAAAGUAAGUACCGAGUGUUCUCUGUUCAUUAACAGGCAAUUAGUCUAAUGUAUGGCAUUUUUAAUAAAUUUUGUAUCGACUUUCAA